ACAGAAAUUUUCGAUAUCACGCAGCCAUUUCUUCUCUAGAAACUAUAGUUUCUCAGCAAGGGGUGACUUCAAGGCUAAACAAAGCCUUCAACCUCACACGGGCAGAACGCACCAGGCCCGCGAUCGACCAGGACAACCGAUGUCAUCCUUCGCCAUGCGGAUGAGUGAGAAAGAAGCACUCUGCAUGUAUCUCGACGCCAUGAUGGAAUCUUGCACCAAGGCCAGCAUCGCCCUAGAGAGCGCUAUAGCCAUGCUUGGAACGGACGACCCGCCCAGUGAAAUGCCAAAGGAGAUGCGCCAGAUGCGCGCCGCGCUCUUGCACUUUGUGAUCCAACUCAUGGCUGCAUCGCAAAAUGUUUCCGUGUUCUUCAACAUUAGUAAAGCCAUGGCGGAAGGACAGGCAGAAGGGAAAGAUACACUAGCGAUCCUUUCCGACGACAACACGUACAGUGUGUCUCAAGUCGAUGUCAUAUACUGGAAUGACACCAAAGUCUUCAUUCGUUGUCCAUACCGGAGCUGCGGGAAUGUUCAUUGCCAUACCUAUAAAUCCUAUGCUGCUAUCCUCGAGCAACCUCCUUGCAGCCGAGGGCCUGCCUAUAGAUCAUCGGUAAGGAACCUAGCCAAGUGGGGUACGAGAUCAACAAAUCGAGAGGCCUAUUCGAAAAUGUGUGUACUCGGAAGCAUACACGGAUAACAGACCUCGCUUACCUCCUCAUGUCGGAAGAGAACGAGCAAUUAAGCGAAUAUAAGCAACUCAUUAAAGAUUUUUUCUUCA